UGAAUAUCAUUUUCUGGUGAAACCGCCACGAUGAAGUUCGUUGGUUUACUUGCAUUGCUACUGGUGUCUGCUGUGGCACUAGCAGAGGAAGAAGAAGUAGAGGAGGCACCUGAAUGUGAUCUUGAAGCUUGCAAGCUACCGAACUGCAGGUGUUCCGGCGUUGACAUUCCUGGAGGUUUGAGCCCUAGAGAUACUCCCCAGUUCGUCACCGUUACUUUCGACGACGGUGUCAAUGUGAACAACAUCAUUACCUACCGUAACAUUCUGUACAACCGUUUCAACUCCAACGGUUGCCCUGCUGGAGUCACUUUCUUCGUCAGCCAUGAGUACACCAAUUACGUCCUCAUCAACGAACUCUACAACCGCGGUUUUGAAAUCGCUCUUCAUUCCAUCAGCCAUCAAAUUCCUCAAACUUACUGGCGUGAUGCCACUUAUGAUGAUCUGAAGAAGGAAAUUGCCGACCAGAAGGUCCAAAUGUCUCACUUCGCUAACAUCCCAUCCAAUUCUAUUAAAGGUGUGCGACUUCCCUUCCUCCAAAUGGCUGGAGACAACAGCUUCCAAGUUAUGGCUGAUUAUGGUUUGGAGUAUGACUGCACCUGGCCUACCACUACCCAAACCAAUCCUGGACUCUGGCCUUACACUCUAGACUACAAAUCUAACCAAGACUGCGUUGUGCCACCCUGCCCAACCUCUUCCAUUCCUGGAGUCUGGGUUAAGCCUAUGGUUGCAUGGUCUGAUCUUCAAGGCGUAGCUUGUUCCAUGGUAGAUGCUUGCUUCUUCAUUCCCGACCGUGAAAAUGAAGAAGAAUGGUUCAAGUUCAUCAUGACCAACUUCGAGAGGCAUUACUUGGGCAACCGUGCUCCCUUCGGUUUCUACGUCCACGAAGCCUUCAUAUCUGCAUACCCCGCUGUACAGCGUGCCUUCGUUCGAUUCAUGGAUGUCGUGAACAACUUGCCUGACGCUUUCAUGGUGAACGCCCAUGAAGUCAUUGACUGGGUGAAGAAUCCUGUACCAAUUGAUGUGUACAAGAAACAAGGCUGUCGCAGAUUCACCCCCACCAACUGUAACAUCGCCAGCUGCUCCCCUCCUCCUGCUGCUCACAAUGGCGUGCAAUACUGGAUGCAACUCUGCAACGUUUGCCCACGUGUCUACCCAUGGCUGGGCAACCCUCUAGGCCAAAUGAGGGUGACUAUACUAGUUUCUGUAUUAUUUUUGGGGCUGGUGUCAGCUGAGUUACCAUUGGCUAAAGAAUGCAACGAAGAGUUGUGUAAGCUGCCUAACUGCAGAUGUUCGUCCACAGACAUUCCUGGUGGAUUACUUCCAAGAGACACUCCUCAGUUCAUUACACUUACCUUCGACGAUGGAGUCAACAUCAGAAAUAUAGAAACAUACAGAGAUAUUCUUUACAAUCGCACGGGUGCUAAUGGUUGUCCUAUUGGAACUACAUUUUACGUUAGCCAUGAAUACACUGAUUAUGCACUUGUUAAUGAACUGUAUAAUCAAGGAUAUGAAAUCGCCUUACACUCGAUCAGUCACAGAACUCCUACUGACUUUUGGGCAUCAGCCAGCUAUAAGGACAUAAAAGAAGAAAUUAUUGACCAAAAGGAUCUUAUUGCUCAUUUUGCCAACAUUCCUCGUGAAAGUAUAAGAGGCGUCCGUUUACCGUUCCUACAACUGGCUGGCAACACAAGCUACCAAGUAAUGGCUGAUCAUGGAUUAGAAUACGACUCUUCCUGGCCCACUAGUGCCUUAUUAAAUCCUGGUCUUUGGCCUUACACCCUAGACUAUGCCUCCAUUCAGGAUUGCCCCAUUCAUCCUUGCCCAAGUGCUUCUAUUCCAAAACCUUGGGUACAACCAAUGCUGUCGUUCAGAGACGAAUUUGGGUUCCCGUGUGCUAUGGCUGAUUCGUGCUUUUACACUCCACAGUUUGAUGAUGUAGACGCAUGGUAUAAGUUCUUCAUGAGAAACUUUGAGAGACAAUACCUAGGCAACCGUGCCCCUUUUGGUUUCUACAUACACGAAUGGUACCUUGUAGCUUACCCUGGAGUUAAAGCCGCUUACAUCAAAUUUCUUGAUACAGUCACAUCAUUGAACGACGUCUUUUUGGUAAACCAUGGCGAGGUUUUAGACUGGGUUAAAAAUCCAGUCCCUCUGAAUGAGUACAUGAAGAAACCCUGCAAGACUUGGACUCGGACCGGCUGUGAUCCAAAUCCUUGUCUUUGUGUAGCUGAACACAAUCAGAAUAUGUACUAUUUUAGUAUGUGCACCAAAUGUCCACGUGUAUACCCGUGGGUGGGCAACCCACUUGGAUUAUAACAAUUUUGAAAUAUAAUAACAUAAUUCCUUCGUUUGAGAAGACGUUUUAACCCGUCAGCGGAACAGCUCUAUAAGCUCAGGUGAUCAGAAUCAUGAAGAC